ACGAUUAUUCGCAGAGUACAAACUAACGUCGGAAGGUAGCAUCUGUUGCAAAACUGCUCAGAUGACAAGCAAAGUGCAGUUAUUGCACUUUAGGCUUCGGUAGCUUUUAACGUACUAAGGAUAGAAAAAUGCUGCUGGUUCUGUCUGAUGAACAAAAGGAACACCUUUCUAUUCUAACGGAAGUAGACGUUGCAGUUGUAGCAGAGUUUGGAAGAAUAGCUGUGGAGUUUCUGAGAAGGGGAUCUAACCCAAAAAUUUAUGAAGGAGCAGCAAGAAAGUUAAAUGUGGCAGUUGAGUCUGUACAGCAUGGUGUUGAGGGAUUAAUGUAUCUUCUUACAGAGAGCUCUAAGCUAAUGAUUUCAGAGGUAGACUUUCAAGAUUCAGUACUUGUUUUGGGGUUUUCUGAAGAACUAAAUAAGCUGCUGCUGCAGCUUUAUUUGGACAACAAUAAGGAGAUCCGAAGCAUUCUGGGUGAAUUGGCACCACAUUUGCCACACUACCAUAAUCUGGAAUGGAGACUUGAUGUUCAGCUUGCUAGCAGAGCACUAAGGCAACAGAUUAAACCAGUUGUAAGUUUUAAACUGCACCUGGAGCAAAAUGGAGAGAAAACUGCAAAGGUUGUACAAACUGACCCUGCUACUUUAUUGCACUUGAUUCAGCAAAUGGAACGGGCACUUGGAGAGAUGAAAACAAAUCAUUGUCGAAGAAUUGUACGCAACAUUAAAUAAUGGCUUUUUUGGACUUUUUACUUUAUAAAUAAAAAUGUAAACAGAAAAAAAGUACAUUUCAGAUAAACUGCACUUUCUAAAGAGUGUUUAAUCAGUAUUUUAAUACAUCUGUAGUCCUAGUCUUAUUUGCGUAUUUUUACUUUGAAAAUAUUAUGAAAAUAUGAACAAGGAGAAGCUAAGAGAUUGGUUUUGUUCACCUCAAUUUUAUACAAACUAUACACACAACUUCCUGGUAUCUGAUGACAAAUGUAUAAUGCAUUACAUUGUUAAUUCUGUGGUUUGAACAGUAGAGGGAAGACUUACUGCAUCAGUAAUAUAUAGUGUCUCGCUUGUACAUUCUUAACUAUUACUUUUAUAAAACAGCAUUGUUAA